CCAAGUAAGAAGCGAACAUUAAGGCCCUACAAAACAUAUUUCAGCUCCCGCCAAAUGGCUCAAUGUCCAAUAACAUAGAAUCCGAUCUAUAAAUCCCUUGGUUGCAAAUAAACUUUGUUCUCAUUUCAUUGUGAUUGCCUGCACAAAAACAAAAGGAAGAAGGAGAGAAAUUUUGUUGUAUUUUUCCCUCACAAAUAAAAUAAAAAUACAGAAAAUCGUGCAAUUAGUUUGCAAUUUUUUCCGAAAACACUUUCAAUUCACUACAAAAAAUGUCGGACGUUUUAAGUGAUGAAACAAAUGAUGGCGCUAUCGUUAUAAAAGCCCCAACGGAGCAUCCACGCAUAAAGAUUAAUCGUUGGAGGGUAAGGGAAGGCUUUCCGGUUAGCGCCUCUCAAGUAAUCUUGCUAUAUGAAGUUGUGUCCGCCACCGUGGACGACGAGGAGAAAGGGAAAAGUGCCGAGAACACAGCUCCAAAACCAACAGACGCCGCAAUCCAUAAGCUAAAGGCUCAAAGGGUUGGUGUUGUAAAGAAACGCUUGUACAAGGAUGGGGCCAUCGUUAAGGCUGAUACUCCAUUAUUGGAACUCUCGCCAUGUAUUCAUACGACUGUCAUUAAAGACAUGUGCGCCGAUUGUGGUGCAGAUUUGCGCCAAAACGAAAAUGGCAAUGUAUCCGAAGCUUCGGUACCCAUGGUUCACUCCAUACCCGAUUUGAAAGUAACACAAAAACUUGCUCAAAAAUUGGGACAUGAUGAUACCCGGCGUUUGCUGCAGGAUCGCAAACUUGUGCUGUUGGUUGAUUUAGAUCAAACGGUUAUACACACAACUAACGAUAAUGUACCUAAUAACAUAAAAGGUAUAUACCAUUUUCAAUUGUAUGGACCCCAAUCGCCAUGGUAUCAUACACGCCUGCGACCGGGUACCCCUGAAUUCUUAGAGAGAAUGUCAAAAUUCUAUGAACUGCAUAUUUGUACAUUUGGUGCUCGCAACUAUGCCCAUAUGAUUGCCCAACUACUGGAUCCGGAGGGUAAAUUCUUUUCGCAUCGCAUUCUUUCCAGAGAUGAGUGUUUUAAUGCCACCAGCAAGACGGAUAAUUUAAAAGCCCUCUUUCCCAAUGGCGAUUCCAUGGUUUGCAUUAUUGAUGAUCGUGAAGAUGUCUGGAAUAUGGCUUCGAAUCUUAUACAAGUAAAGCCAUAUCAUUUUUUCCAACACACGGGCGAUAUUAAUGCUCCGCCGGGUUUAUCGAAGCAUGAACUUGAUGGUGAAGGUGUGGAUUUCAAAGAUAUUGAAAAUCUUAGUACAGAGGACAAAGAAAAGCCAGCUGGAACUGAGACCACAGAAACGAAACCUGAGAGCACAAAAGAUACCGAUAUAUCCCCUAGUGAUGAAACCGUAACUCCAGAAAAAGAAACAAUAUCUGAAGAGCAGGAAAAAGGUGAAACUGAAACCGCAGCAGAAGAUAAGAAAGACCAAGUUGAUACAUCCGCCUCGACUAAAAUAGAAGGGACCACCACAACGGAAACUUUAUCAAAAUUUGAUAGCAGCACAGAUAUGCCUGAUAUUCAGGCUACCGAAGAAGUAAAACCAAAUGAAGAAACAAUUGCCGAGAGUCCGCCACCAGAAAUUACUAAACCGGAAGCAAUAGAAAACGAUAAUAAGGAUAUCAUUGAGGACACUGAAAAGGUGGAAGAGGAGAAAGUCAUUGAUCCAUCUAAAGACAAUGAACUUACGCCGGAAGAAAAAUCUCCAAAACUUAAAGCACCACAAGAUCCUGCACAACAAAUAGAAAUAGAAGAUCCCGAUGAUUACCUAUUGCAUUUGGAAGUAAUAUUGAAACAAAUACAUACCCGCUUCUACAGCAUUUACGAUGAGACAAAAGAGAUACCCGAUUUGAAGAUUAUUGUACCGAAGAUACGAUCUGAGGUCUUGAAAAAUUGUUAUUUGGUGUUUUCGGGUUUGGUGCCGACCAAUAUGAAAUUGCAACAAUCACGAGCCUAUUUUAUAGCCAAAAGUUUGGGAGCUGAGGUGUCACAAAAUAUUAAUGCUGAUACUACUCACUUGGUAGCCGUAACUGCUGGUACCUUCAAGGUAAAUGCCGCCAAAAAGAAUCCCCGCAUUAAAAUAGUCAAUGUAAAUUGGUUGUGGUCCUGUGCCGAACGAUGGGAGCAUGUUGAGGAGAAACUAUUCCCCCUGGAUCGUAAGGUGCGUAGCAAACAAAGGCAGCCACCAGCUCAUUGCCAUAGUCCGGAACAUGUGGUCAAUUACAGCGAUAAAUCCGAAAUAUCUUCCUCGAGUUCAGCACAACAAAAUGCCUCUGAACCGGAAAAGUUCAUCGACACCAUCAAUCCGCUACUGUCAUUUUCCAAUGCCGACUUGGCAGAUAUGAAUCAAGAUUUUGAUCAAUUUUUUGAUUCAGAUUCAUCAUCCGAAGAUGAACAUGUUAAUAUUGAAAAUCCUCCGGUUGACAAGACCCUGAGAAAACGUAAACGUGAAGAAAACGAAGAAGAGAGAACACGGAAAUUCUUUACACGACCCGAUUCUGUGGGUGCUUUGCCAUCAAAAUGUGCUCGCGGCGAAGAUUUAGAUGAUAAAACUUCCAGUGAAGAUGAUGAUGACGAAGAAGAGGAAAUGCCGAGUGAGAAAUUCAGGCGGGGUGAAGAUCUGCCGUCAGAUUUAGAUAUUGGUAAUUCAGAUUCUAAUGAUGGAAGCGAUAACAACAAUCCCGACGAGGAAGAUGAUGGCGAUUGGAAUAUGAUGGGUGCCGCCUUGGAAAGAGAAUUUUUAGGUCUUGAAGAUUAGAUGCUGAUUAUUUGAUCUUUAUGCUAUAAGUUAAUAGUUAUUAUUAUUUUUUAAUAUAAUAAGUUACUAUAAUUUAAGAUAAUAUAUAACAAUUUUAAAUUUAUACACUGAUGAGGAAAUUGUAUAAACAAAGUUGUAUGUAUUUUAAAGUUAUCUUUUAAAACUGAUAGUUUUUAUGUUUAAUCUAAUUGAUGUUGAUGAUAAUGAAAAAAUGACUUGAGAAUAUUUUUCAGUUUUCAAUUUAUUCACUAAAAAUUAUAAAUAUUAAUAAUAAAUUAUAGUAGAGAUGUUA